CUGUCCAGAUUGUCUCGCCUUCACUCAGACGACAACAACAACAAAGAGUGCUUCUACGAACCCGGUGGCGCGGUGGAUUCUCUGGCAUGAAAUAUGCACCUUCCUUCCUUUGGGAAGUGCGCUGACCGAGCUGUGGAAGAAGUGUUGGAGGGCCUGCUCAACUUGAAGAUGUUUGGCAGUGGGAAGAAGAAGUGGUUCGUGAGGAAGCACAAGAGGCAGUACCAGCAGCAGCAGAGGUCCACCAGGAGGCCGUGCACUAAACACAAGAAGCGCUGGGCUGCCCAGCUCCUCCAGCAGCACAGGCAGAAACUCCUGAGCGAGCUGGAUGUCAACGCCGUGCUCCCUUACCUGGUAUACGACAAGGUCUUCUCGCUAGGGGAGUACAAGGAAAUCCUGGGACAAGAGUCCAACAAGAGGCGCGCAGAAAUAUUUCUGGACUGCCUGUCUUCUAAAGGACCUGCUGCGUUCUGCUCCUUCUGCUCAGUACUGGAGGAGGUGUGCCCACACCUGCUUACCUGGUUUCUCUUGGAUGGAGAUGGUGGUGCUAUUGGCGAAGGAAACAAAGAGGAGGUUCCCAUGCUCCCAAACACUUCUGGAGAGGAACCUCUGUGCCCUCCUCCAGUGUACACUGACCCAGUGUUUGACUCGAGGAUACACCCCAGUCCGACCGCUGGCUCCGUUACAGCUGCCUCCUCUGCGAGCACUGUCCAGGGCAAGCCAUCACUCCGCCGUAUAAAGGGCCGAAUUCACAGGAGCAAGAGCCUGGACAGCAUUGACCUCAUGGACUCCAAUAGCGCAGCAAUGGAGGAGACUGUCAUUUGGGAACAGCACACUGUAACACUCCACAGGGCACCAGGGUUUGGCUUCGGGAUAGCCAUAUCAGGAGGCCGAGAUAACCCUCAUUUUCAAAGUGGCGAGACCUCCAUCGUCAUCUCAGAUGUGCUAAAAGGUGGCCCAGCUGAAGGCCUACUGCAGGAAAAUGACAGAGUGGUCAUGGUCAAUGCUGUUUCCAUGGAUAAUGUGGAGCAUGCAUAUGCAGUCCAGCAGCUCCGUAAAAGCGGGAAAAUUGCCAAAAUUACAAUCAGACGGAAGAGGAAGGUGCACGUCCCCAUGGGUCGUCUCGGGGAACGGGAAACCAUGUCGGAACACGACGAGGAGGAGGACAGCUACGACGAAGAGAUAUACGAGACGCGGAGCGGACGUAGUGGCGCGUACAGCGGCAUGGGUGGAGCCAUGGGUAGGCGCAGCGGUAGGAGCUGUGGCCGAAGGGAGCGUGAACGUGAACGCAGCGGCUCACGGGAGAGGAGUCUCUCGCCACGUUUGGAUCGCCGCUCACAUAACCUGCCCCCUCGGCCUGCUAAAGUCACGUUAGUCAAAUCGCGCAAAAAUGAAGCAGAAUAUGGCCUGCGCUUGGCCAGCCACAUCUUCGUCAAGGACAUCUCCCCCGAGAGCCUCGCAGCCAGGGAUGGAAACAUCCAGGAGGGGGAUGUUGUACUGAAGAUCAACGGCACAGUGACGGAGAACCUCUCCUUGAUUGAUGCCAAGAAGCUGAUAGAAAGGUCAAAGGGCAAGCUAAAAAUGGUUGUUCAGAGGGACGACAGGGCGACUUUGCUGAACAUCCCUGACCUUGAUGACAGCAUUCCUUCAGCCAACGCCUCUGACAGAGAUGACAUUUCAGAUAUCCAUUCUCUUGCAUCAGACCAUUCCAAUCGAUCGCAUGACAGACUUAGAAGCAGCCGCUCCCGCUCUCCGGACAGACGAUCGGAACCCUCUGAGCACUCCAGACAUUCGCCACCUCAAAUAAGCAAUGGCAGUUGGAGAAUACCUCACAGAAGUCGAGAUGAGGAGAGGAUAUCAAAAGGGGCUUCAACACCAGCAAAGCUUCCAGAGGAAGUUCCUCUACCCAAACCGAAAGAACCUGUUCUUGUUAGAGACGAGAAACAACUCCCACCGCUCCCAGAGCCGAAGCCAGUGUAUGCCCAGCCUGGUCAACCUGAUGUGGACCUGCCCGUCAGCCCAUCUGAUGCCCCCGUGCCAAGUGUUGCUCACGAUGACAGCAUUCUUCGGCCAAGCAUGAAACUGGUAAAGUUCAAAAAGGGUGAGAGUGUGGGACUGCGGCUGGCAGGAGGGAAUGAUGUUGGCAUCUUUGUUGCUGGAGUGCUGGAGGAUAGCCCAGCUGCAAAGGAGGGCCUGGAGGAGGGUGAUCAAAUUCUCAGGGUAAACAACGUCGAUUUUGCAAACAUUAUCCGAGAGGAGGCAGUGCUGUUCCUCCUUGAUCUUCCUAAAGGUGAAGAGGUCACCAUUUUGGCUCAGAAGAAGAAAGAUGUUUAUCGGCGGAUUGUGGAGUCUGACGUGGGUGACUCCUUUUAUAUCCGGACCCACUUUGAGUAUGAGAAGGAAUCUCCAUACGGGUUAAGCUUUAACAAGGGCGAAGUGUUCCGUGUGGUGGAUACACUCUACAAUGGCAAGUUGGGUUCCUGGCUUGCUAUUCGCAUUGGCAAGAACCAUCAGGAGGUGGAGAGGGGCAUCAUCCCCAACAAAAACAGAGCGGAGCAGCUCUCCAGCGUGCAAUAUACACUCCCCAAAACAGCCGGGGGCGACAGGGCAGACUUCUGGAGGUUCCGGGGUCUUCGCAGUUCAAAGAGGAACCUCAGGAAAAGCAGAGAAGAUCUUUCUUCACAGCCGGUGCAGACAAAGUUCCCAGCCUAUGAGAGAGUUGUAUUGCGAGAAGCUGGUUUCCUACGACCUGUGGUCAUAUUUGGACCUAUUGCUGACGUUGCGCGUGAAAAACUCUCUAGAGAAGAGCCAGAUCUUUUUGAGCUUGCAAAGAGUGAGCCCAGAGAUGCAGGAACAGACCAGAGAAGUUCAGGAAUCAUACGUCUUCACACCAUCAAACAAAUCAUAGAUAGAGACAAACACGCUGUGCUGGACAUCACCCCAAAUGCGGUGGACAGACUAAACUAUGCUCAGUGGUACCCAAUCGUAGUCUUCCUAAAUCCCGACAACAAGCAGGGUGUGAAGAACAUGAGGACAAGGUUGUGUCCAGAAUCCAGGAAAAGUGCCAGGAAACUGUAUGAGCGAGCCAUCAAACUGAGGAAGAACAAUCAUCACCUGUUCACAACCACCAUUAACUUGAACAAUAUGAAUGACGGUUGGUACGGUGCUCUUAAAGAGACAAUCCAGCAGCAACAGAACCAGCUGGUGUGGGUGUCUGAGGGAAAGAUCGAUGUAUCAUUACACCCCUACAAAGCAGGGCGAGUCGUGAUCCAGAGAAUGGUUUCUCCUCAGGCGGAUGGCACAACAGAAGACGACCUGGAUAUCCACGACGACCGUCUGUCUUACCUGUCGGCGCCAGGUAGCGAGUACUCCAUGUAUAGCACCGACAGCCGCCACACGUCAGACUACGAGGACACAGACACAGAGGGUGGAGCGUACACGGACCAGGAGCUGGACGAGACCCUAAAUGACGAGGUCGGUCUGCCGACAGAGCCUGCCAUCACUCGGUCUUCUGAACCUGUGAGGGAAGACCCACCCGUCAUUCAGGACACCCCUGGUUACCCUGGAUACCAGCACCCUGUGCCGUCUGACCCGGCUAAUCGGAUAGACUCCACUGGCUUCAAGUUGCCAUCCCCGCAGCAGCAAGAGGAGGCUUCUCUGCCUGCAGCGGCGGUAGCGCCCCCUGCUGUUGAUCAGCCUGUACCGCUAGAGGCUUUGCAGCUCGAGGAGCCCCCCGCUGCAGCCGUAGCUCCUCAGGCUGACUCUCUUAGCAGCCCCAGCCCUGCCCCUGAGCUUAUUCAUCCCCCUCCACCACCAUAUGAACCCCACCCGGCUGGACCACCCGGUCCAGAAGCAAAGAUGUACAAGAAAGAUCUAUAUAAUAUGGACGAUCCUGUGCAGAUGAACCACGGAAUGAAGCAGUCAAUGAGCUACAGUCACCAGCCGCUGUACCAGGACAAGCAGCCAUACCGAGAAUACGACCACGCGCCUUACGGUUACGACAGGGGCGGCUACCCGGAACCAAAGUCUCACAACGCUGACCCUCACGUGCACUACGAGAACCGUGUGCCUCAUUAUAACGAGCAGUGGUCCCCCUACGACCAGCAGACCUCGCCCUCCCAGCCCGGCCACCAGCAACCUGUCGGCUACAACCUCCGAACGUACGAGGAUGGGCCCGGGAGGGACUACAGCCCGCCUCGGCCUCGAUACGAAGACCCGCUACCUGUGGGAUACGGGCCGCGCCACAGUAAACCCAUCCGUUACGAUGAACUGCCUCCGCCGCCGCUCCCCGCAAACUACGAUGCCCGCUCUCCUUAUGAGGCGGACAGUCACAACUUUCCCGUGGAAUCUCCAGAACCACCCAAGCAGUACUAUGGCGACUCCGCUCCAAGGCCUUCCUACAUGACGGGGCCUCAUCGGAGCGUCAAGGCAGGGAUGCACGAACCCACCCUAAACUCUGAACCUCCUAUUCUCCCACCUAAAACAGAGACACUCACGUCCCCAAGUGAGUCAGCAGGCACUCCUGGAUCAAAGACGUUGUCGCCUCUCCAACGGGAAGAGCUGGACGAAGACCCAGCCAUGAAACCGCAGUCGGUGCUCAACAGAGUAAAGAUGUUUGAAAAUAAACGUUCAGUUUCCAUGGACCGGGCAAAGGAAGGCGAAUCCUCCGUUCUCAGGCCAGCAGAUGUUCCCAAACCUUCAAGUGCACCUGGUCCUGUCCUCAAGGCAAAUUCCCUCAGCAACUUGGAGCAAGAAAGGCCCUCUUACAGGGCUCCUGAGCCCCAGAGGCCUCACACAAAACCGCUCGAUGACAUCAUGCGUAGCAAUCAUUAUGACCCGGAGGAGGACGAGGAGUAUUACAGGAAACAGUUGUCCUACUUUGAUCGUCGAAGCUUUGACAGCAAAACGGCGGGCCAACCCAAUCCUGGCAUGAACCGCUUCCACGAGCUGGCCAAACCAGCUCAACUGUCAUACCCGUACAACAGAGUGGAAUCUGUUGAGAAAGUGAGUCCAGGGGAGAAGCGAUUUGAUCUUCUACCUCAGAUUAGCCCAUCUUUUCAGUACGGACCUCCCGGUUCUGCCAUCCCUCCCAAUACACUGCCCAAACUCAGCCCGACUGAUGUGAAUUCCAUCCCUGAGCCGCUGACCUCGCCCAAUCCCAAAACCGAUCUGGCAGCCCUCCGACCUGUCAGCCGGGACGAAGCCACCCCUGUGAGCUACCCGCCCCCGAGGCCUCUCCCCGACAAGUCCCCUGUCAACGGCACGGAUGUUGCGCCCCAGAAAAGCGUGGCCGCUCCAUUUCCCAGCGGUUACAACCGCUACGUCCCCAAACCGUACACCAGCUCGGCACGGCCAUUCGAGCGCAAGUUUGAGAGCCCUAAGUUCAACCACAACCUGCUGCCCAACGACACGCAAGUAAAAAUGGAGCUCCCCGGCGUGCCGAACAACGGGAAGCUGCAGCUGUCACCUCAGCUGCCAGACCACGACAGCGGCCUGGACACCUUCACCCGCACUGUGGACAAUAGGCCUAAAUACCAGCACAAUAACAUCAACGCCAUCCCCAAAGCCAUUCCUGUCAGCCCCGGCGCACUGGACGAUGACGACGAGGACGAAGGACACACGGUGGUGGCCUCCGCCCGAGGUGUCUUCAACUGCAACGGGGGUGUCCUGAGCUCCAUCGAGACUGGCGUCAGCAUCAUCAUCCCACAGGGCGCCGUCCCGGAGAAUGUGGAGCAGGAGAUCUACUUCAAAGUGUGCCGCGACAACAGCAUUCUGCCCCCCCUCGACAAGGAGAAAGGAGAAACGCUGCUAAGUCCGCUGGUGAUGUGUGGCCCCCACGGCCUGAAGUUCCUAAAGCCGGUGGAGCUGCGCUUACCUCACUGUGCAUCCAUGACCCCUGAUGGUUGGUCUUUUGCUCUAAAAUCCUCCGACUCCUCGUCGGGUGACCCAAAAGGAUGGCAAAACAAAUCCCUCCCAGGCGAUCCAAACUACCUUGUGGGUGCAAACUGUGUUUCUGUGCUCAUCGACCACUUCUGAAGAGAGCGACAGCUGGUCUGUUACUGAACGCCGCCGAAAUGGGCGGGGUUUGUUUACCGGCCAACCCCUUCCUCGCCCCCCUCCCUUUAAAAAGAAAAAACACCGUGAAAAGUGUCAGCAGAGUCCAGGCGUUCUUUUUUGGGUUAUUUCUCGGUGCUUUGAAAGCUUGCAAAAAAAAUGUUUUUGGGACUGAAAUGAGAGUGCAUGACAGUGCCACAGACUGAGUAAAUCCCAUCUUGAUAUUUUUAAGAGACUUUUUGUAAAUUGUCAGUAAAAUUUGAGGGAAUAAUAUAUGAUAUUCCUGAGGAUUUUUUGUUUUAAAAAAAAAAAAAUGAAAAAAAAUGAAAACUCCCAAAGGGUAUAGAGCUGGUGUUUGUUUGCCACUGAGGAUCUCGGAGGCUUAAAACUACGAGGACAGAAAAUGUCGCAUCAAGAGUUUUACUUUGUUUUUUGUAGCCAAUUUUUUUCUGGUAUCUAAUACUGACAAACUUCUGCUGUCUCGAGAUCUAUGCAUGUGCUACGACUCAGGUCCAGAUGCCUGCUACCACUUCUACACAUGAGAAUCUCGUCCAACACUGCGAGCAGUGAUGCCUUAUCUGCAUAUAUAUAGAAAUAUAUAUACGUAUAUAUAUAUAUAUAGAGAGAGAGAGAGAGAGAGAGAGAGAAACUUUCUCUAAAAGUUCUCUGCUUUUUUUUUUUUUUUUUUCCGUCUCUGAAACCCAACAUGGAUCCUAGCACACGUGAAAACUAAACUGAAGAAACAAAAGGUCUGCUUUCUUUUCUUGCUAUGCAUACGAUUCUACGAAGCGUGACGAAAAGGACGUUGUUGCUGUACAUACUGCUAGCAUAUGGCCUUGGUUCUCUGUAAAUCAACUUUUGUAUAUCCCGAUUUGUAUUAAAAAGGACAAAAAGUUGUUAAAAAAAAAAGGUGCAAAGAAAGCAAAGUGGUUAGUUAAAUUGUUUGUAUUCCGGUUCAAAACCUUGAGCCUCGGAAAUGACGUAAGCAGUAAUAAGUUUGACUUUUCUACAAACUGCAUAAAUAAAAUACGUAAGGCAUUUUUAACCGAAUGAAAAGUUUUUAUUCUUCUUUACAAAAAAAACAAAAAACACAAGUGCUUGGUUUAAAUGGUUUUAAAAGAUGCGUUCAAUGGGGUUCAACAACAACUGGUCCCUUCCUUUAUUUGUGAUACUGGAUGUUUUAUUGUGUGCCCUGAAAUGUAUUUUUGUACUAAUAGACGAUUUAUUAUGGCACAGCAGUCCUAUUUUCUUUUGAUAUGAUAACACUUCAGUGCUUCAAAGCGACAGUUUAUUUCCCAAUGUGUCAAAGUUCUUUUUAUUUAUUUGAAUUUGGUUUUGUUUGUUUGAAAUGUCCCUCUCUUCUGCAACACUUUUUUUUUUUUUUUUUUUUUAAUGUAUACCACUGUAUUAAUAAAUCAUUUUUAACGUAAACUACUC